AUGGACAAUUAUGACCAAUCAUAUGUGUCUCAAUUUCUUGAGAAAUCUCUUUCUAAAGCACUUUCAUUCUACUAUCCUUAUGCUGGAAGGCUAAAGGAUAGUUCCUCUGUUGAUUGUAAUGACAUGAGAGUUGAGCUCUCCAAUGUUCGAGUCCAUUGUCCCAUGUCCCAAAUUUUGAAACACCCUUACACUGAUGCUGAACAUGUAGCAUUUCCAGUAGCCCAACCUCACUACCACAACAAUGAAGGAUUUUUAGCUGUAGCUCAGCUCAUAGCUGAAGUUGAAAAUCCUACUCGAACUGAAGUUGUGAAUGCAUGUGCUGUAGCUGCACGAAGAGACAACAUUGGUUCAUUUAAACCGUCUUCCUUGUUUCAAGUUGCAAAAAUGCGCCCAAGGCUCAACCCACUCUUAUCACAAGAUGCAUGUGGAUGUUUGAUCUCCAGGGUUUAUGUGAAAACAACUAACGAAAGAGAUAUCAAUUGUCCAAGAUUGAUAAGAGAAAUGAGGAAGGAGAAAGAGAAGCUCAAAGAGUCUACUAUGAAAAAUGCAAUUAUCUCACAAGUAGUUAAUUUUUCUUGA